AUACAAGGUAUAUUCAAAAGUAGUAAGAUUAUAAAAUAUAACUCCGGGUGAGGUAAAUAAAAAGACAUAUAUUGUUUCAACAAUAGCUUUAAUCCCGCAAAACUAUCCAGGUCCAAAUGAUCGAACAUAUUUCAGUUGUACUUUCUAAUUACAGGUAACUUCUAAAAAACGUGAAUUUAUGACGGAUCUUCGACAAAAUAUAACAGAAAUGGCACCGAAAGAACAGAUUGUACUCAGGCUUUCAACAAAAGCGAAAACAUUGCAGAACAUUUGUUCAAAAAUUGGACGGUCAAUAAUGCAUUUAACAUAAAAUCCAUGCUGCCUAAACAGACAAUCGAAAUUUGACUUGACAACUUCCUAAAUUUUCAGCCAUUAUGCCUCAAUGUUUUUACUUUCGAUGCUAUCUGUUUUAGUAUCUAGUAUCUAUAAGUGGAGUCACACUUUGUUGAUAAGAAAGGCGAUGCAAGUUCAAAUCUAGUUACGUACCAAUCAUAUUCACAACUUUUUUGAAAGCAGUUGUUGAGGUAAAGAACAGUCGUGGGAACACAAGCUGGUUAAAAUAACAUUAGCUUCAGAAAUACGACAGAUUUCCUCAAGCUGUGACUGAGUUCUUCUUUAAAAUAUGUCAAUGCCAGUUGCUUACCGUCAUUAUGAUAAUAAUUUGCCGAAUGUUGUCAGUUUUUUAUUUCGUUUUUGUUAAUUUUAUGAGCAUUUCUCUUUUUUGUUAUCCAUUUUUAAGAAGAAUAAAACCUUCAAAAUAGUAUUCCCCUAGGUAUGCACACAGCAAACGUGAAAAUAUAUUCGAAUACGUGAGAAAGAGUAUUGUUAACAAAGCUAUAGGAAGUAUCCUAAAAACGUUAUUUCCUAUCUUGUCUGAUAGUCUUACAUCGGCGGAUAUAACUUCAAAAGCGUUGUUGUUAUUUCCUAUCUCGUCUGAUAGUCUUACAUCGGCGGGUAUAACUUCAGAGCGUUGCUGUGAGAAGGUUGUGUAAAGCCUAAAAUAGCUAUGUUGAUACAUAGUCUGUUGGUAACAGUGUACAUCGCUGUCGGUAUAGAUGGUCAUCCAAGCUCGUUCAUUUACGAUAAAUGUGGUUUGACACCAAAGGAGAAUGUAGACUGGUCUCAGAUUUCUUCUUCAGGUAUAGUAUGGUAUCUUUCAUUCAAAUCUCCAGAUGCAAUAUCGUCGAAAGUUGUCAGUUGUCAGGUGAUAAAAAAUAUCACAAAUGACCUCGAAGGCAGUGUGAAAUUCCAUUUAAAGAACUACUAUUAUUCUGGAUCCCAGCCUAAGGAAUUCGUGGUUGCAGCUUUUAAAACCGGAGGAACAGCAGCAUAUCGAGGAAUACAAGACGAGAAAUUUAUAGAAGCCGACUCUCAAGUUUCUUGUCACCUUCGAAAUAAAGCAGCUAAGGAAGAAGUUGAAUCAAUUGAAAAAGGCAACGCGGAGAUGAUAUUUGCAACUGAUUAUUUAACAUACUUCAUUAGUAUUGUGUGUGAUAUACAUAAAGGGAUUCAGUGGAUCGCAGGAUAUACAUCAACACCAUAUCCGACAGCUAAAGACGUUCUCGACAUUAAGAACGCUUUGAUUGAAUUGAACGUGACACAGCAUCUUUCCCUUUCUGAAUGCUCAGAUUUAGUUGUUGUAUCCGAUUUCUCAACAAAAUAAUGCAACGACGCAAAUUACGUUGACUGGCAAUUAUUAGGACUUAUAAAUAUCCACUCAUUUUAUUAUAGGACAGGACAAUAUAGUAAUAUAUUAUUUAGACGUAAUUUAGAAUGAGAUUAACGGUGACUUCUUCGGAGCUACAAAGCAUUUUUUAAAUUUGAGUUUAAUCUAGUCAAAUCGCUUUGUUGUGAAGUGGAAAUACGUUAAAGAAUCCAAACGAAAGGUGAUCAAUCGGGAUACGCAAUGCGACAUGUUGCCAACGGUGACAGCACAUUUGCACCCAUGAACCGCACCCAGGACAUUUACACCUGCAUACUUUUACAUCC